GUACAAGCAUGGUCCCUGCCGUAGUCUAAAUUGUAAUCCACGAGUUCCGGAAAGAACAGAAGCAUUUUGCUUGUAAAGGGCUGCUGAAUCAUGAUCACUCCAGCAUUUGAACUGAGUCAAGAGCAACAUUUCCUCACCAUAACGGUCCACGUUCCCUACGCAAGAGCGUCAGAGUUUGACCUCUACAUCGACGGAGAGGAUUUUAAACUGUACGCCAAACCAUAUUUCCUGAGAUUGACCCUCCCGGGGAGGAUUGUGGAGGAUGGAAGAGAAAAGGCCUCUUUUGAUGUCGAUAAAGGACUCUUUACAAUCCGGAUCCCUAAAGAGACCCCAGGUCAGCAUUUUGAAGGGCUGGAUAUGCUGACUGCUCUUCUUGCACCAAAAGGAUCCCGAUCUGCCAAACCGUUGGUGGAGGAGAUGGAAGGAUGUGCUGUGACUGAGGAAGAGGAGGAGGAGGAAUUUGACUGGCAGAUUGAUCAGACCCCGUACGUCGUGACCACAGAGGAGGAAUUGAACUCUCUAUGUAAAUAUGGUUUUGGAAAUCAAAGAGCAGGCGUCUUCACUCGACUUCAGGAUGAACUGGGCGACGUCAUUGAUGUGAAGAGUCCAGACAACACCACCGCAGCUGAGCGGAGACUGAACCGUCUGGCUGCUGAACAGGACAAGUUCGAUCCUGAUCAUUACCUUGCAGACUUGUUUGAAGAUGAUUACAUCCACCACCUUUUGAAAUACCAGCCAUGGUGGAUUGAAGCUAAAAAUGAAAGGGAGAAAAAGCUACGAACAUGUCUUGAACAGCAUACGGAGGAAGCAACAGUGACUUUUUCAGAAGAGGAAAAGGAGCAGCUGAGAAAAUUCACCAACAAAUCCUACCUGUUCGAUAAAAAAGCCUCUCAGCAAGUAUGGAUCAGCCUAGUUGAUAUAAUCCUGGCAUAUGCCUAUGAAGUCCGUGCCACUGAAGGAGAAACCAAUGUUGAAUCAGCGUGGAAUAUAAGGAAGUUGAGUGGAACGCUCAGCUGGCUGGAGUCAUACAACUCAAUUCAAAACGUCUUGGAGUCGUGUGGAAGACGAGUGCUGUGUUAUCCUCUGUACAGACACUUCAAACUUAUAGUGGCAGCAAUACAUGACACCAGUGUGAUAUUACAGCUAGGAAAAGCCUGCGUCCUGAAGUGCUUGUUGGCUGUUCACAGGAUUUUCCGAGAGAAUGACCCUGCCUACAUCCUUAAUGAUCUUUACAUUUCAGACUACUGUGUUUGGAUUCAAAAGGCCAAAUCCAAAAAAGUGGUUGCUCUCGCUGAGGUCCUCCUGAAAACCAAGCUCCGAAAGGCAGACCUAGGUUUUGAAUUGGAGGAGCUGGAAGCAGCAGCUCUGUUAGUGCAGGAAGAAAACCGACUAACAGCAGCUUGUCAAGUCUCCAGGCAAAGGCAGAGCUCUUCAGAGAGCGAGGAGGAGACGGGGGACUCUGGUGAAUCAAGCAGCUGUUCUUCAAGCGGGACAGACGAGUCCGAUUCAGAGAAGGGAGAUUCUCCAGGCAGAGCUAAAGACGUACAGAUCAAACAACCAAGUACUGUGGAGCAAAAGGCUGGUCCUCCAGGAGCAACGAUCAUCCCUGUGGCAAAUCCUAGAGCUGAGCAGUUAGACUGUGCAGCAGAACUGCUAGCUGAUGAAAAUGCAGCUAUUUCAGAUUCCGCUGUGAAAAAGGUUCAAAGUGCCUCUUCGUCGAUAACCAGAAAACUAAUAGAAGAACUUGGGGAGCAAGUGCACUCAGUAGUGAAGAUCUCCGAGUGGUCUGAAGGGGCUGCUUCUGAAAGCUGUAACAUGCUGCAGGAUGAACAAGCAAAGCCUUCUGUAGAAAGCACAGAGCACACAGUGCCGGGACCAGCAGCAGCUCAACAGGGUAAUUUCUUAGAGGUGUGUCCUAAGAGAAGCCCCUUGCUAAUCAUAGCAAACUGCCAUGAGGAUGUAGAAGAUUCUUGGAGUGUGACAUGAAUGCAGAGAGAGAUAAGAGACUUCAAGACUGGUGCCAGGAGGUCUUAACCCCUUCCUACUGCUUGCUUGCAAAGCAUGACUAAUUAGCAGGAUUAACUUGAUACAUAAUUAAAUUAACUUCCACCCAUACUCAUUGGCAGUGUCAGUCUUUUGGAAACCAGCAUUUUAGAAUUCUGUGAAGCAUGAGAAGUAAGCAUUCGAUUGUCAUUGGUUUUUUUUUUUUGUUUUUUUUGUUUUUAAAUAUAUACUCCUUGAGAGAGAAAAAAUGUUUUGUGUUAACAAGAUUCUGCAAUUACCUCCAACAUAAAACUCAUAGAAAGAGUAUCUAGGUUAAACAUUUCUGUUUUCGAUACUGUAGUUUAAAUUUCACCUGACCUAACUUGUUUCAUUCUCUCAGAUCUUUCCUAAUAUUGUAUUUGUAUGCCUUAGGCUGCAUUGAUCAAAGCAAGUUUUGUGCUUUUUCUCUUUUUCUCAGCCAUACAGGCUAAAAGUAAAUCACGGUGCCAGGUGGAUGAUUAAUUACUGUAAACAUCUGUUACAGUCAUAAGAUAUAGGAGCACUAAAAUGAAACUAAUGAUUUUAAUGUAAAACCAUAGACUCAUAUUUCAAGUUUCGUUUUGGGACUUAAUUUAAAAUAAAUUGAAUUAUUUUUGUCCUUGCAUAAAUCCGUUGUCAACAUAUUUUGGCGGGAAUAAACAUUAUGAAUGAA